AAAAUUCAUAACUCCUACUCUAUAUGAUGGUGGAAAUUCUACUUGGUACUCUCAAAAUGAAAUCAUGGUUUCAACCCCAGCAGAUGAAAUAGCUCAUGAUUUCCCCCCCUUCUUUCGUGUCUACAAAGAUGGCAGAGUAGAAAGAUUUCAUAAUUAUGUCUAUGUCCUUCCAUCAGAUGAUCCCAAUACUGGGGUACGAUCAAAGGACGUGAACAACAAUUCAGCCCGCCUUUAUCUUCCCAAAAUAACCGAAAAUAAUCAAAAGUUUCCUCUCCUUAUUUACAUACAUGGUGGUGGAUUUUCAAUUGAAUCAGCCUUUUCAACAGGACAUGACAAGUACCUACACUCUAUUGUUACUAAGGCCAACGUGGUUGCCAUAUCCGUCGAUUAUAGACUAGCCCCAGAACACCCUUUACCUAUAUGCUAUGAUGAUUCUUGGGCCGUCAUAAAAUGGGCUGCUUUACAUGUUGAAAUGUCCGACCAUCUCAUAACGGAACCAUGGCUUAAGGAUCACGUUGAUUUUUCGCGUGUUUUCUUGGCUGGUGACAGUGCGGGUGCAAAUAUUGUCCAUGACAUGAUGGUUCGAGCAAGUGCUAGUGAAAAGCCACUAGGGGAUGGUUUUAAGAUUGUUGGUAUGGCAUUAAUACAUCUCUUUUUCGGUAACGAUGAACCUGAUGAGUAUUGUUCGUUUGUUUUUCCAGGAUGUACAGGACUUGAUGAUCCGAGGUUAAAUCCAGCACUUCAUUUUAGGUUAUUGUCUAGUCUUAUUUGUCUAAAGAUUUUGAUUUUUACAGCAGAGAAAGAUGUCAUGAGAGGAAGGAGUUUGGCUUAUUAUGAUGCACUGAAGAAGAGUGGAUGGAAAGGUGAGGUGGAGAUUAUGGAAACACAAGGGGAGGAUCAUGUUUUUCAUUUGCUUGAACCAACUUGUGAGAAAGCUGGUGUAUUGAUGAAAAGGCUAGUUGACUUCUUUAAUGAGAAGAUAUAAAAAAACUCUGAGUAACUCAUCUAGUACGAUCAAAUUUGUUACGAUUCCCUCCAAUUUUACAGGGUUUUUAUUAUCUCCUAACUUAAUUUUAGUGCAUUUUUGUCACACUUUUUAGUUGACAUGACACAUUUGAUGUAGAUUUUAUUUUUACGUAAUAAAACUAUCAUGUCAGCACAAAAGGAUGACAAAAAUAUGUUAAAAUUGAGUUCAGGAAUAAUGAGUUUUAUGUGAAGUUAGAGUGUGUCAUAGAAACUUUGAACAUUGCUCGAAGGGUACUGGAUACUUAUCUCAAAAAAAAAAAAAAAAUUAAAAAUAAAUUAUUUUCACGUUUGGUAGUAUUAAGGCUUAUGGUUAUUUCUUGUUGUGUGUUAACGUCUCUCCAGUGUUCCAUUCCACACAUAAUGAAAACUUUUAGUGUUCAUUUUA